AUGUUCUUUCUAUAAUUAUUAAAAAAAUAUAUUUUCUCAUUUAUUAUUAGACUAUACAAUAUUUUCUUUUUUCUUUUUUGAAGAGAUUUAGGAUUAUAUAUUUACGGAUUUAAUUUUCGUUCGGCAAAAACAACAAAUUAAAAUUCGGAAAAGAAUAAAAAAGAGGUUAAGGGGCAAAGGACACAUAUCCAUCUAAUCCCCGAAUGCAGAGUUCUUAGUUCUAUCGGCCCAAGGAUCAUCUGGCUUUCUGAUUCUCCACCCGCCUCCUCCAUCUCUCGCUCGCUCGCAGUCUCCAUCUCUCGCUCUUUGUUGCGAAGUCUCUUAUAUUAGGCUUCUUUUCCUUUUUCCGAACCCGUUGCGAUCUUUUCUUUCUCCUUCUUCUUCUUCUUCACCUCAAUAAUAAGCGGGUGUAUAUAAUUGGGUUGUUUGACCAGGUCUGGGUGUCUUGGCGUAGGGUUCGUGAGAUUCAAGAAUGCCUCUCAGUUUCUCUAAUACGUACGCGGAUAUGAAUUGUGAGGGUCCACGCGAUUCUUGGAGUUGCUGGGGUUUGAAUUCUGAGUUGGAGGGUUCUGAUUGCAGCGAAAUGGGCAAGGCUGAAUUGGGCGGCUAUGGUGAAUCGGUGGUGGCUGAUGACGUUAUCGAUAAGUUGCCUAGUGAUCCAUUUGGAAUGGACAUAAGGUCUACGAUUACGAUCACGGGCUGGUUUAACAAUUGGGGAGAGGAAUCUGAUUCAGGUUGUGAUGGUUUUGGGAUUGAUGAAGCGGAAAAUGAGAGUGCUGAUCCUCAUGAACUAUUUGCAGGGUUAAAUUGGGUUUGGAAUGGUUCCAUGAAGUUUGCACCUGAUUCUGGUAACAUGAAAUUAGGCGGAAUCUCAAUUCCUUGUGAUGGGUUUGAUGGACUUGGGGUUGAGACUGAAUUUCUUGAUGAUGCUUUUGCACUGGAUGGAAAUGUGGAGGAUUUUAUGAGUUUCAGCGGUUUUGGAAAUUGGGUUGUGAGCAAAGGAGCUCGGGGGUUGAGGGAUUGCGGGAAAACUUGUUUUGAUGACGGCGAAGGAGAUGCACCACACGAUGCCAUGUUUUUUGCUUUGGGCUAUCUGGGUGUGCAGGACCUUCUCAAUGUAGAAAGGGUUUGCAAAUCUUUGCGCGAUACGGUUAGAAGUGAUCAUCUUCUAUGGAGAACUAUUCACAUUGAUCAGCCGUUGAGUGAGAAGAUCACGGAUGAUGCUCUUCUGAAGUUGGCUAACAGGGCACAAGGUACCCUUCGGUGCUUGAACCUAAUGGAGUGCAUAAGAAUAACAGAUAGUGGUUUGAAGCACGUACUUGAAACCAAUCCAAGACUGACAAAGCUCUUGAUGCUGCAUGUGUCAGGUUGUUCUUUUUUCGGUUUUCAUCUAAAUCUUGAGUCAGCAGAACCAAAGCUAAGCGUCCCAGGAUGUGUCAGACUUAGUGUCGAUGGCUUAUUAGAUAACUUAAGGGCCUUCAAAUCUGUUGGCUUGCCCGGAAUAAAGCACUUAAGAAUUGGGGGCAUCCACAGUAUAAUGGACAAACAGUAUGAAGAAUUGCAGUUUUUGCUGAAUGCAGAUAAACAUAUGCAGAUGAGUGCCCGCCGACCACGGAUUUAUCGUGGGGGGAAGUCGUAUCUCUCUUGUGAUGAUGAUUGUGCCAUCGAUGUUGAGGUCUGCCCCAGGUGCCAGAAGUUUAGACUAGUUUAUGAUUGUCCAGCGGAGAGUUGUCAGGGGAAACAUCAGACUGCCCAGUUGUGCAGGGCUUGCAUACUCUGCAUAGCACGCUGUAUCAAUUGUGGGCGCUGCAUUAAGGACCGUGAUUAUGAGGAAACAUUUUGUCUAGACUCCCUUUGUUUGGAUUGUUGGAAGCAGCACCCUAAUGGCCAAGAUAGGCCAGGUGAAAAUGGUGCACCAUCUUUCAUCGAGAGACCUGGUACCAGUUUUGCUUCUGUGGCAGAUAGGGAAGAUAUUGUGCAUCGCCAUUGGAUGUAGGUUUUGUGGUAGAAUCACAUCGUUUGGCUGGCUGCCCAGAUGAAUAAUGCAAAUGCCACUUGCAUAGAUGCUAGGAGUGGGAACUCCUGUUAUCGUGAAGAAUAUGCAGCUUGUGAAGACAGUGGAAGUGUACCCCUAGCAGACCUCUUAACAGCGUAGUUGGUGCCUUGUUGCUGCCUUGAUAUAGGAUGUUCAAGGAGAAGAAAAAUAAAAUAAGAAAAAAAUGAAGAAAACGAAUUGAAUGAAAGAAGGGAACUGGAAAGAGGGGGCAGGCAAGAGAAUAAAUAAAAGGGAAUGCUGGUCAAAUAAAAAUAGGAUCUUGAUUUAUAAUUUGUUGUGUCAAGGAUUAUCUAAUGCUUCUCUGGCUCCUGGCGUUACUAUUUGUGUUCUUUGACGACGAAGAAGAAGAAACAAUGAGGAAUGCUGGUCAAAUAAAAAUAGGCUUUUGAUUAAUAAUUUCGUGUCAAGUAGGGAUGAGCUCAUGCUUCCGUGGUCUCUAUGAUUUGUGUUCUUUGAUGACACUGAAGAAUUUAAUUUGUACGCGUGACUGUGGAAGUUUGGUAGCAUCUGCUUCUAGUAAUGUUUGCUGAAGACCACUCUUGUCAUAAAAGUUGGGAUUUUUUCAAUCGAUGCAGAUGAGGAGAAAUCAUACCAGAAGCACAGAGUGCUGGAGGUAUUAUGCCACUUGUGUUUUUUGUCAACUCUGUGAUACCUUGCUUUACAUGGGCAGCUGUUGCACCUUGACUGAUCUAUUAUUUUUCAUGGGAUCUGUUGCAAAGCUGUUCCGUUUGAAGUAACCUAUAAGUUUAGCAUUCCCAUUUGUCUCCCGGUUGGAAACAAAAAAAAAAAAAAAAUGCAUUCCCGUUGUCUUAUGACUUGGUGAUUUGGUCUUGGCAACCUCAUAAUAUUGUAAUCGACCAGUAGAUGAGGAGGAUUGUAUGUCCGUUUUUCUUUUGUUGUCUAUUGUUCCCAUGGAGUAGCGUCUCACUCUUGAUAAGGUAACCUGACUCCAUUUUGCCCCUGCUUUCGUAAUGAAUGAGAAUUGUUAUGCGAGUUCUUUUCA